AACUGACGGGCGAUCGGGGAGCGCUUGUAAACAAAUCUGCACGGCGCGGAGAUUAGUCGCUCACCUUGCCGUGGUUAAAAUGUCGGCGAUUCAAAGCAUGUAGACCGAGCCGCCUUGCGGUGCAGUCGGGUGCGGGGGUGGAUUUUAUUUUUUUUGGCACCGGAUCCGUCAUUGUUUUUGCCCGAUGGUAUCCCCAUGCGUUUUUCACGCUACGGCUGUCGCCGGGCGAGUGAUCGAUGCGUGCUAGCUACGCCUCGCGUCAGCCGACCGCGUAUUAACGCAGCGCCGUUCAGAUUUUGCACGCCGAUUAGCGUUGUUGUCAAACCUAGCUAAACAUGGCAUCGCCGGCAGACCACGACCUGGCUUUAGCCGAAGGGGACGGCAGCAAGGAAAAGGCUCAGGUGUUUGGGAUUUUGAGGCUGCAGGAGGAGAAAUCCAGCGGCGAUAAAGCCAGCGGGAACAGCUCUGUGCGAGGGGGAGACGGGCGAUGGCAGGCUCCUAUCUUUGCUCUGGCCAGGAAAGCGUCCGAGACGUUUUCCGGGAGCAUUAAUGCCCUGCCGAAAGCGUCGGAGCACAGGGCGUCUCUGAACGAGGAGUGGACCGCGAAAGCCCUGCGGGACCCCAUGGCCAUGGAGAGAGCUAACCUGUUGAACAUGGCCAAGCUCAGCAUUAAAGGGCUGAUAGAGUCGGCUCUGAGUUUUGGAAGAACGCUGGACUCGGACUACCCACCUCUACAGCAGUUCUUUGUUGUUAUGGAGCACUGCCUCAAACACGGCCUGAAAGUGAAGAAGUCCUUCCUUGGGUUUAAUAAGUCUCUGUGGGGCCCCCUGGAGCUGGUGGAGAAACUUUGUCCCGAAGCAGCAGAGAUCUCUGCUUCCGUACGAGACCUACCCGGGCUAAAGACUCCUCUGGGCAGGGCGAGGGCAUGGCUGCGUCUGGCUCUCAUGCAGAAGCGGCUAGCAGACUAUCUACGAUUGCUUAUCACCAGAAAAGAUCUGCUCAGUGAGUUCUAUGAGAGUUCGUCGGUGAUGUUGGAGGAGGAGGGAGCGGUGAUCGUAGGCCUGCUGGUGGGACUUAAUGUCAUUGACGCCAACCUCUGUGUCAAAGGGGAGGACCUAGACACUCAGGUUGGAGUGAUUGAUUUCUCCAUGUACUUGAAAAAUGACAUUGAUGACUACAGGAGUGAAGAGAGAAACAGCCAGAUAGCCUCCAUCUUAGAUCAGAAGAACUAUGUGGAGGAGCUGAACCGACAACUGAACUCCACAGUCCAUGGUCUUCAGGGUAGAGUGGACUCUCUGGAGAAGUCCAACUCCAAACUCAUAGAGGAGUUAGCCAUAGCCAAAAACAACAUCAUCAAACUCCAAGAAGAAAACCAACAGCUGAGGAGUGAAAACAGUCUUAUUCUACUUAAGGCACAGCAACAUUUAGAGGUCACCCAGGGUGAUGUAUCAGUGGAGAGAGAUACCUACAAACAGUCUCGUCAGGGUCUGGAUGAAAUGUACAACGAGGCCCGCAGACAACUGAAGGAAGAAUGUCAGCUAAGACAGGAUGUAGAGAAUGAGCUGGUGGUCCAGGUGUCUAUGAAACAGGAAAUGGAGCUCGCCAUGAAACUUCUAGAGAAGGACAUCCAUGAAAAACAGGACACUCUUAUCGGACUGAGGCAUCAACUGGAUGAGGUCAAGGCCAUCAACGUGGAAAUGUACCAAAAGAUGCAGUCAUCUGAUGAAGGGAUGAAGCAGAAGAAUGACAUGAUAAGUCGUCUGGAGGAGAAGACCAACCAGAUAACUGCCACCAUGAAACAGUUGGAACAAAGAUUACAGGAGGCAGAGAGGCACCGCACCUUGGCAGAGGAGGGAGCCAGGCGCUUCAAAAUGGACUUUGCCAACAAGGCCGACAGUCUACAACGGCAGAUCAAAAACAGAGAAAAGCAACUUCAACAGUUGAAGACAGACCUGAAGAUUGAAAAGGAGUGGCGCCAGACACUGCAAAAUGAUCUGGGAAGAGAGAGAGAGACUGUGGCUCAGCUCAGUGCAGAGGCCCUGCAGAUCAAUGGACUGAAGAGGGAGUUCCACCGUCUCCAGGAUGAGAACAUCCAGUUAAAGACCAUCUGUGAGGACCAAGAACAAGCUCUGGAGGAACUAGGCUCUAAACUGAGCGAAUCCAAACUGAAGAUUGAGGACAUAAAAGAAGCCAACAAAGCUCUUCAAGGUGGACAGGUUUGGCUCAAGGACAAGGAAGCAAGCCACUGUAAGCUAUGUGAGAAGGAGUUCUCGAUCUCCAGACGAAAGCACCACUGUAGGAACUGUGGUGAGAUUUUCUGUAACAGCUGCUCAGACAAUGAGCUUCCUCUGCCAGUCUCUCCAAAACCAGUCAGGGUCUGUGACACUUGCCAUGCCCUCCUCCUUCAGCGCUGCUCCUCCAAUCCGACGUGAGGAAGUUCGAUGUCCUGACUGCGACUCCCAACAAUUCAAGUGAAGUGAGACUGUUAAGUACCCACCCUCCUCGAGUCUUAAGUCCCAACCAGCUCAACUAUUAUUCGCUGCUAAGAUUCACCAUGUUUAAAGAGUUAGAUCAUAGAGCGGUGUUAUUCAACCAUGUGCCAUGGAGAGUACGGUUUCGUUUCCAGUCCAACACUACACCAGCUGAUUUCACUGACCAACACACACCCCCUUAGACAGACAGGAGAGGAAUGAUUACUGAAAUCAGUUGAUUAAUUGUUUCAAAAGGAAACCUGCAUACAUAUGGCGCAUGGUUGAAUGCUACCACCAUAGAGCCAUAAUUAUAAUACAAUCCAGCUCAGUUUUUCAGAGGUGGAGAGCCCUUGUUAAAUUUACUGAAGUAUUAGAACAGUAACGUAGUUACAACUCUUAAAAAAAACCAAAAAACAGAAAAAGUGUAACCAUUCUGUUUAAAAAAAAAACACACAAAAAACUAUUGUAAUGUACUGGAUACAGUAAACCAAUACAUCUUUUCUGGA